CGUCGGUGGCUACACGAGACGCCACCGCAGCUGUGCAGUGAGCAGAAUGAAGCAACCUCACGAACGCACAUGUGCGACCUUGCUCGUUGUGAUUCAUUGUGUUUGUGUCGUGGAUCGCGUGGUCCACCACCAGCAACAGCAACAGCAGCAGUAGCAGCAGCCACAAGUGUUUUCACCGUCAUAGAGUGGCCUAAGAGGAGGGGUUUCCCCUUGAAAUACCAAAGCAGAGUAGUAUGCAGUGCAGUGGCAUAGAGGGAUAGAGCCCCAAGAACAGGGACCAGCUGUCUGACCGGACAUACCAGGGACCUAAUCACGUGGGAACACGCGGUUCAACGGUUGGUGGCAUCAAGUGGCACCGAGCACUUCAUCAUCGAAGGUCGAACUUGAAUGGGAUGAGAGACAGAGAGAGAGAUAUAACGGAUGCGUACCCCAUCAUUCCAUCUGAUACAUCACUGUCAGAAGCCAGAGAAAGGGGUGUGUGUGUGUGUGUGAGGUGGUGGUGGCGCCCCGUACUGAAUGAUAAUGAGUUCGCAGGUGAUAGUGAUUCGACUGGAUUACUCACCGGUUACGAGGCCAUUAGCAUGGAACGAGCAUCAUUGGCAUGGCGUCGCUCUUCUAUGCUCACACUCCUCGCAUAACGCCUUGAUCCCGGUGUUUACAGAGACACCUGUUUUGGGUAGAUGCUGGUGCGUGGCGCAUCAUCGUGUCGCCAUCGGAUGUGUGUGUGUGUGUGUGCUGUUGGUGGUGGCCGGAAUCAAAACAAGUUUCGCGACGACGCAAAGCUCGAGCCCGAGCAAAAGUACGCGCGCUCGCAACUCUGUGGCCGCCGCCACCGUCGCCGCCACAGACGUCGUUAGAGCGUUCUGGUGUUAGGAAUGGGAUUGUGACCAAGUAAGCGGAGAAGCAGAGCCGAAUCAACACAGAGGGUACAGGGCGACAUGUGCCAGCAGAGGAGGUUCUGCCGCUAAGACAAUCGCCCGUGAGUGAGACCAGAGUGAGUGUUUGUUAGAGUUUGAUCGGUAUAACCAGCGACAGCAAAACCACACGCCAUGAGCGGUAUUCAGAAUGAUUCCUUCGUAAUGACGGAGAUCGAGCAGGAUGAUGGUUCCAGGCUUACCAAACGCAAAUCGAACGGCCUAUCGUCGUCGACUAUCGUGGAGGAUGUACCAUCACUGACCACCGGUCCAAAUGGUGCAAAUGACUAUGUGGAACGGACGGAAGGAACGGAAGGCGCAACGGGACGGUACGACCGAUUCACCGAACUGCUCGAGCACCAUCGGCAUCACAUCAAGCUCGGUGUCUACGUCCUGCUCAACGUUGUGGUGAUUGUGUUUUUCGGGUUUGCCACCAAUUACUAUCUGGAGUAUGAGGAAACCACGUGUGGCAUGCAGUGGUGCGAUGGUUACGGCAUGUUGGUGCUACUCGUCGGUUUCGUGUAUCUGGGGCUACUGUACUACCACGUGGCGAAGCCAUUACUGUCGGACCACUUCAAAUCGUGGAUCGUUCGCCCGGUGUCCAAGUUCCUCGGGCGCAUCACGCAGCUAUGGUAUAUCCGGUUAGGAGCCGUCUGCCUAGUGCUGGCCGGAUUCGGCGUGUUCUGUUACUUCGAAACACGCGAUCAAACCGAACGGCUUAUCUCGCUCUCCGGUAUGGUCAUCCUGCUCAUCAUUGCCUUCCUACUGUCCAAGCAUCCAACGCGCAUCAACUUCCGACCGGUGGUACUGGGUGUCGUCUUUCAGUUUCUGCUCGGUCUGUUCUGCAUCCGGUGGGAGGUGGGCCGGAGCAUCUUUUCGUGUGUCGGCGAUAAGGUGGCCACCUUCCUCAACUACACCUCGGCCGGUGCCGCCUUCGUCUACGGACAGGUGCUGGUCGGUGGUGGCGAAAACGAGUUCGCCAUCUUUGCCUUCUCCGUCCUGACGGUCAUCUACUUCUUCAGCUUCUGCAUCUCGAUCCUUUACUACCUCGGUGCGAUGCAGUGGGUCGUCCUGAAGCUCGGCUGGAUCCUACAGUCCCUCCUUGGGACGACCGUGUGCGAAAGUGUGAUCGCGGCCGCCAACAUCUUCCUCGGGAUGAGCGAAUCGCCGCUGCUGGUCCGACCGUACCUUAAAGAUCUCACCCACUCCGAGCUACACUCGAUCAUGACUUCGGGAUUCGCGACCGUUUCCGGUACGGUGCUGGCGGCGUACAUCUCGUUCGGUGCGAACCCGGCCCAUCUGAUCACGGCGAGCGUGAUGGCGGCCCCGGGGGCUCUUUGCUUCGCCAAAAUGAUCUACCCCGAGACGCAGGAGAGCAAAACGCGAUCCGACAACAUCCAGAUGGAGGAAUCCACCGAUUCGUCUGUCCUGGAUGCGGCCAGUAAUGGUGCGAAUGCGGCCACACCGCUCGUCCUUGGAAUCAUCGCCAAUCUUGUCGCGUUUGUGGCGUUCAUCGCGUUCCUGAACGGCGUAUUGGGGUGGUUGGGUAUGCGGGUCGGCUGGGAUGAUGUUUCGCUGGAGAACAUCUUCGGUGCCGUCUUCCGGCCACUCGCCUACGUCAUGGGUGUGCCGUGGGAUGAUAGCUACUAUGUUGGCAAAGUGAUCGGCAUCAAGAUGAUCGUGAACGAGUUCGUCGCUUUCGAGCGCCUCGGAGAGUUCAUCAAGGAGCAAGUUAUCUCGCCUCGAUCAGCCGCCAUCGCAACCUAUGCCGUCUGUGGCUUUGCUAAUCCCAGCUCGAUGGGCAUCAUGAUUGGUACGCUCAGUGCGAUGGCUCCCGAUAAGCGUAAUGUCAUCACGUCGGUUGCGUUCCGCGCCUUCCUUACCGGCUCGAUCGUGUGCUUCAUGACGGCCAGCAUCGGGGGGCUGCUGAUGGACGAAACGAUAUUUAAUAAUUUUGGAAAAUCCUUCCCGCUGGAGCCAUCGUUGACGAAUGGCACGCUAGGCGGAAUCUAGGGGAAAGAGGUGGUGAAGAUGAGAGGGGAGGGCUUGGGAGGAACAUGUAUGUUCAAUGUUGAUCAGUAUUUUGGACGUGUAUGUUUGUUAAUUUCGCUAAUAAAGUACCCGAUAGUUCCUGUUUUAAGUA